CUACAGAGUUAGGUCUGUGGGAAGUUAAGCAAGUGAGACGUCUGCUGGCGCCGAAGGGCGCGCACGGAGGAACCUGACGCGCCUCACCUCAACGGAAAUACACCUGAAGACGAAUUGAAAAAGUCACGGGAAACACGUAGUUAAGUUUACCGUGUGUGUGUGUGUGCGCGCGCGCGUGCGGGGACACUCCAGGUGUGCACGCCCCACCUGAGGCUGCACUCGUCUCUUUUCCGGGUUCGAACUCUCCACUCAGCUAUGCCGGACAUGAUCAGCGUUACCGAGUUCGUCGGCGAGUGCAAUGAAGACUACAAGGCCCCCACCACGUCCAACUUCUCCACGCGGAUGUCCCACUGUAGGAACACCGUGUCCGCCCUGGAGGAGGUUCUGGAUGUGGAGCGCUCAGUCCUGUCCAAACUGAAGAAGGCGGUGAAGGCCGUGCACACGUCUGGUCUGACGCAUGUGGAGCACGAGGAGCAGUACGUGCAUGCCAUGGAGAAGUUGGGGGACAACUGUGUGUGCAAUGACGACGCAGAGGUGGGCUCCGCCUUUCUCAAGUUUGCCGUUUUCACCAAAGAGCUGGUGGCACUCUUCAAAAACCUGGUGAGGAUCCACAAAGCCCCCCCAUUUGCUGUUGUCAUGGCGACGUGUCGAUGCAGUGUGACUACCUGUUGUCAGAUUCAGAACAUGAACAACAUCAUCUCCUUCCCACUGGACAGUCUGCUCAAAGGGGACCUGCGGGGCGUCAAGGGGGACCUGAAGAAGCCCUUCGAUAAGGCCUGGAAGGAUUACGAGACUAAACUGUCCAAGCUGGAGAAGGAGAAGCGUGAGCACGCCAAGCAGCACGGCAUGAUUCGCAAUGAAUUCAGCGGCGGAGAGAUUGCCGAGGAGAUGGAGAAGGAACGCCACAUGUUCCAGCUGAACAUGUGUGAGUACCUGCUGAAGGUCAACGACAUCAAAGUGAAGAAGGGUGUGGACUUCCUGCAGAACCUCAUCAAGUAUUUCCACGCCCAGUGCAAUUUCUUCCAGGAUGGCCUGAAGGCCGUGGAGAGUCUCAAGCCCUCCGUAGAGAAAAUGGCGUCUGAGCUGACGGCGAUCAAACAGACGCAGGACGGCGAGAGGAAACAACUGAGUCAGCUCAGAGACGUCCUCAAGGCGGCGCUGCAGUCGGAGACCAGAGAGGAGACCCCGGCCAAGCAGAAGGCUGGAUACAGUCUGCACCAGCUGCAGGGGAACAAGGCCCACGGAACCGAGCGUAUCGGAGUUCUGUACAAAAGGAGUGAGGGGUUGAGGAAAGUGUGGCAGAAGAGGAAGUGCUCAGUGAAAAAUGGUUUCCUGACCAUCUGCCACGCCACGGCAAACCGUCCACCUGCCAAACUCAACCUGCUCACCUGUCAGGUGAAGAAAAACCCCGACGACAAGAAGAACUUUGACUUGAUUUCACAUGACAGGACGUAUCACUUCCAAGCAGAAGAGGAGGCAGAUUGUCAGCUCUGGGUGUCGGUUCUUCAGAACAGCAAAGAAGAGGCUUUGAACAAAGCCUUCAAAGGAGACCAGGACGAGGGGGACAACAUCGUACAGGAGCUCACCAAAGCCAUCGUGCAGGAAGUGAAGAAGAUCAGCGGAAACAACGUCUGCUGCGACUGCGGCGCUCCUGAUCCCACAUGGCUUUCCACCAACCUCGGGGUGCUAAUCUGCAUCGAGUGCUCAGGAAUCCACAGAGAAAUGGGAGUCCACUACUCGAGGAUCCAGAGUCUGGACCUGGACGUCUUGGGAACAUCCGAAUUGCUGCUGGCCAAGAAUGUGGGAAACGCCAGCUUCAACGACAUCAUGGAGGCGGAGCUUUCUGCAAAGGGCGUGUCCAAACCUGACCCAAGCAGCGACAUGCAGACCAGGAAGGACUAUAUCACCGCCAAGUAUGUGGACAAACGAUUUGUGCGCCCACUCUGUGCCGAUGCCGAUGCCCGCAUGAAGGUUCUGUACCAGGCCGUCCGCAACCGAGACAUCCUGUCCCUCAUCCAGGUGUAUGCUGAGGGCGUUGACCUGAUGGAGGCGGUCCCGCAGGCUCAUGAGCACGAGACUGGUGAGACGGUGCUCCAUCUGGCAGUUCGCAUGGUGGACAGAAACUCGCUUCACAUGGUUGACUUCCUGGCUCAGAACAGCGCAAGCUUGGACAAGCAGACAUCCAAAGGAAGCACGGCUCUGCAUUACUGCUGCCUGACGGACAACAGUGAAAGUCUCAAACUCCUCCUGAGAGGAAAAGCUGCAGUGGGCAUCACUAACGAGGGCGGAGAAACGCCGCUGGACAUCGCCAGACGACUUGGCCACUCGCAGUGUGAAGACCUGCUGACCCAGGCUCAGACAGGAAAGUUCAAUGUGCACGUGCACGUGGAGUACGAGUGGCGUCUUCGUAACGACGACCUGGAUGAGAGCGAGGACGAGCUGGAAGACAAGGAACGCCCCCUCAGCUGCUUUGUGGGCGGCGCCGGUGCGGUGGCGGUGCGGGACCGACACAGGCCUCAGGUCACCAGCAUGAUGAUUAGCAAUGAGACCUACGGCACCAUGCUGGACCUCCACCUGCCUCCAGGACCCACCCCUGCUCUGCCCCCCAGAGGUCCCGCCAGAAGACACGGCAAACCUGUUGCCAUGGAAACCGUCGGACGACAGCGCUCUUCUUCCGACCCCCCCAACCCGAACGCCACUGAGAGAAACACCUCCGUGUACGUUCUCCCCAUGGCUCCUCCCCUUCCUCCUCCACCUCCAGCCAACCAGAGGGCCAGGAGCAUGCCCCUCUCGCCCACUGCAGCCGUACCGCCGGGCCUUUCUGUGCCAACGGCCCCGCCUGCUGUUGCGCCGCCCCUUCCCACCCACAGGCACGACACACCCGCAGGACCCACAUCACCCAGCAGGUCCGCUCCAAAGAGGUCACCUUUUAGAAGAGCUUCAGCACACAAAGGAGCUUCUCAGGUCCAGUCCCCCCCUCCGACACCCAAACCCAGAACCACCUUCAGUACGUCCAGACCCAAAAGGGUGAGAGCCAUCUACAAGUGUUUGGCGGACAACCCAGACGAGUUGACGUUUGAGGAGGGUGAGGUGAUCGUAGUGGAGGGUGAGGAGGACAGCGAGUGGUGGGUUGGACACGUGGAAGGAGAACCUGCCAGACGAGGAGUGUUUCCUGUCACCUUCGUGCACUUCAUCACAGAGUGACCACGUCGUGGUCGUCCGUGUCCUUCGAGACCACUCGUCUUACUCGUCCUCGUCUUUACGUGUCCAUUAACAGCUUUGUGAUGUUGUGACUUGUCUCACCUGUUAGUGCCGUUCGCAUGCCAGCGUCUGUCACACAAUAAAGUUUUGGUGAUGUCUCCUGUAAA